AUGAAGCUGGCGUCGGUUCAGCGGCAGCUCGCCAAGGCCGCGCGCACCACCAUCGCAAAGAUGCCAAAGCCGCGGCCCAGCUAUGUGCACGGGGCUUCCGAUAUUCCGCUGUUGCACGAUACGAUGGGCGACCGUCUUCUCCAGGCCGUCGAGCAGGUGCCAUCCAAAGAGUUCGUCUACUUUCGCCACCAACAAAUCCGCCGCACCUACGAGCAGUUCUACCAUGAUGUCCGCCAACUGGCCCGCGGGUUCAUCCGUCUGGGGCUUCAGCCUGGCGACCGGGUCGGCAUGUGGGGGCCGAACUACUACGAAUGGCUGUGCACACAGUAUGCCGCUGCACUGGCCGGCCUCAUUCAGGUGAACGUCAACCCGGCCUACCAGAUUGAGGAGCUGAAAUACGCGCUCAACAAGGUGGGUGUUCGUGCCCUUGUCACCCCGCGCUCCUUCCGAAAAUCCGACUACUACGGCACGCUCGAUAAGCUGGUCCCGGGCCUCUCAUCACAGCCCGAAGGUCAAGGAGCCAUCCGUACCACUGAAUUGCCCCAACUCGAACAUAUCAUCAUCAUCAACGAGGCGAAACCUUUGCCGGGCGCUUGGCGUUUCGAGGAUGUUGUCGGAAUGGGCGGGGCCGAGGAGGAGCAGCGUCUCGAGGAGAUCAACCGUCGAAUUGGGCCCGAUACGCCUGUCAAUAUACAGUACACCAGUGGAACGACUGGCCAUCCGAAAGCCGCCACCCUCAGCCAUCACAACAUCGUCAACAAUGCAUAUUUGACGGGAAUCGGCACCAAUUACCAUAUUGGAGAGCACCGUAUCUGCGUGCCGAACCCGCUCUACCACUGCUUUGGCUGUGUGAUGGGCACCCUGAACGCCCUCGUCCACAAGCAAUCCCUGGUGUUCCCGGACAAAUGGUUCAACCCCGCAUCGACGCUCGACGCCGUCGAGGAGGAAAGGUGUACGGCUCUGUACGGUACGCCGACGAUGUUCGUCGACGUGUUCAAGCACGGCAUCGAGGGGCGCGAUCUGUCGUCGUUGCGAUCCGGUUACAUUGCUGGUUCGCCGUGCCCGGUGGCCCUUUGCGAGCGGAUGGUGAAUGAUCUUGGCCUUCGCGAUCUGGCUGUUCUCUACGGGAGCACGGAACUGUCUCCAAUUGUGACGCUGUCGCGGCUCGAUGAGGCCCCGCUCGAGCGCAUUAAAAAUGUCGGCUACGUCGCCGCGCAUACCGAGUUGUGUGUCGUCGACGCGGAGGGAACAAUUGUGCCGCGUGGCGAAAAGGGCGAGCUGAUGGCCAGGGGCUACAUGCUAAUGUCGGGCUAUUUCAACGACGAGGAAAAGACGAAGAAGGAGAUCACCGACACGCGCUGGUACCACACCGGGGACACGGCGCUGAUGGAUGAGAAUGGGGCCAUCUCGAUCGUCGGCCGCACCAAGGAUAUGAUUAUUCGCGGCGGCGAGAACAUCUACCCCACCGAGAUCGAGCAGUUCAUGUUCCGACUGCCCUACAUUGCCGAUGCGCAGGUGAUCGGCGUGCCGGACGAGCGUUUCGGUGAGGCGGUUUGCGUGUGGGUGAUGCUCCGCAAGGGAUUUGAGGACAAAGUCACCGCCGAGCAGAUUCGCGAGGAUUGCAAGGGAAAGAUAGCGCACUACAAAGUGCCGGCCUACGUGUGCAUCAAGAAAAUGGAGGAUUUCCCGGUGACGGCCACCGGAAAGAUUCGAAAGGUGGAGAUGCGCGAGAUGGCGCGUAAAGAGUUGGGGCUGGAGAAUGUGCGCGACGUCUUCAAC